AUGACCAGUGGUACAUCAGAAAAAUCAUUGAAACAAGAGAGUAUAAAUGUUGGAAAUUAUGAAAAUAAAAAUGCCAUUGAUGCAAAUUAUGAAAUUAGAUAUUGGACAAGAAUACAGAAUCACAAUGUAAACAAAAUGAAAAGAAGUGAGAAUAGCACACAUGUAACUGGGAAAAAUUCUUGUAUUGAAACUGAUUUUAAACGAGAAAUGAGGCGUUAUUAUGUCGGUUUGAAACAAAAUCUUAAUAAAAUUGAUCGAAUACAAGAAGAGGUAAGUGAAGCAAUGAAUUUAACUGAUUACAAUAUUUACUUUUACCGGUUAUCAAAUUUUCAUGAUGAUAUUUAUUUUGAUUGUAUAACAUAA